UUUCCUCGUUGCAUUUCAGCAUAAGGUAUCGUCAGGCCGUCAUAUAGCAGUGAUUAAAGAAAUGCUGUAAUCCGAAUUCUGUUCAUUCAUACAAACUUCUACUUUGAAAUACGUUCAAACCACAAUGGGAGGAAAUCAGUCUACAUCAAGAGACAAACCCAUAGCCUCCGUCAAUGAUAAGAAGGAGAUAACAGUCAAUGCAGUAUGUCCAAAGAAUCCAGAAGGACCACCACCACCCUACGAGUCUGAUAAUCAGAGUGUAAUACCUGUAGGCAAAUGGAUCAAGUGCAAAGUUUGCCAAGCUAGCAUCGACACGUCAGGCAAAGAGGAUGAUCUUGUUAUCAAAUGCUGCCAGUGCAAUGAAGUAACUAUAUUACGAAAUGCCCCAUCUGGGAGGAAAUUUGUCCGCUGCAUUUGCAACUGCUUACUUAUCUGCAAGACUUCAGCACAGACGAUCCUCUGCCCAAGGCCAACUUGCGAGCGCAUAAUAAACCUGAAAACCUGUCCGUGGCGCGUGGAGAGCAUGAAAAGCCCAGGUUGUGACGAAGACUAUGAAGAUUUAACACUUAAAUGCUGCGCAAGUAAAGUACGGGCCAUAAGUUUUUGCAUAGCGUGUAAUUCUGUAUUCCAUCAAUGCUGCUUGGAUAAAUAUGAGAACUUGAAAGUUCUUGACAAGAUCACCGUCAUAUGCUGUCAAGGAGAUAUUACAGAUUCAGUGUCGCAUUCAGGAAUUGAAAAGGAGAACGACUCCGUAAAAUCUUUAAAAAAAGUAAUUCGGAAGCAGGCUAUGGAACUGGAAAAACUACGUUCCGACAAUAGCUUGCCCGAAGAGAAAUCAAAUUCCAAAAAAGAUCAGGCAGUUACUAGCCAAAAUGGAAACGAUGGUCCUAAAAAUUAUGACCAAAAUAGCGCCAACAAAUCUCUUGCGAAUGAAAACAAGCUGUUAACUAAAUUAGUAGAAGUAAUGGAUAUCAAAAGUAAAUUGCUGCAGGAAAAAAUUGAGUCGCUACAGGAAAAAGUGAAUAAACAGAUGGAAACAACAGCAGAGAAGAUGAACAUACCAACUUUAUGGAGAGCCGUAACACGAACCUGUUAUCAAAUGGUGGCAAAAGCUCCGAUACCACAGUACGUCAGCAUCCCGUUGACACGCAGCAUUCACUGCAUGUUUAGUAACGGAUCAUUUUCAAUACUGUCUAGAACAGCCUUUGACACGACUCGAUCCUCACCCUCAUCUAAGUUACUAAGUGUGAACAACUCACCAUUGUUCGUACCAAGUAACGGUAUGAAAAUAAAAAGAUUACUCAAACUUCGUUGCAAACAUUGUUACUUUGUAUGGAGAAAGGGAACACGUUAUGUCAUGUGCAAAGCUAAGCCGAGGCAUAAACAGGCCCGUCUUAUGCCACGCGAAGAAAAGUCUUGGAUAUUAUGCCAAGCUACGCAGCAUCCUCAACGCGAUUGGUCUGCCGCUGAAUCCACAGUCAAUACAGUAUGUCCGAUCGGUCCAGACGAGUUACCGCCACCCUACCAGUCCACUCAGCAGGGUGGAAUCCCUAUGGUCACAUGCAGAGUUUGCCAAGCUAUGAUAGACAUAUCCGGCAAGCGGGAUCAACAUGUUGUUAAAUGCUGCCAGUGUAACGAAGCUACACCGAUAAGAAAUGCUCCACCAGGCAAGAAAUACGUCCGUUGUCCUUGCAACUGCUUGCUUAUAUGCAAGAGUUCUUCACAGCGAAUUGCUUGUCCAAGACCAAAUUGCAAGCGCAUAAUAAAUUUAGCGCCUUCGCCAGUAACUCCGCCCGUUCUCUCUAUGCCUGGAAUGUGUAGAGUUGGAUGCGGACAUUGCCAUGACACAUUUCUGUUUAAUACUUUAAAUAACGCUCUUGCUCGAUGCCCGCAUUGUCGCAAAGUAUCAUCCGUAGGACCAGAGUUUGCACGAGGUCGUGGAAUUGCAUUUAUUUUAAUCGGAUGUGUGGCUCUAGUCGUGGGAAUUGCUGUUACACUCGGCACGUAUACACUUGUAAGAACAAAUGGCGGUAUAUAUGUCGCUUAUGUCGGUGCAUUCCUGGUGGCGGUUCUCUGUUUUGGAAGAAGCAUCUACUAUUGUACAAUGAAGAUUAGCCUGAUAGAAGGCCCUAUGUAGUACGAAAAUAUUCCUGAGAAGGGUCUUUGGAUUCGAUAUUCUUAUAAUAUUAAUGUCUGUAAUCAAUUUAGAUAAAGUAUAGAUCAUAAUAUUUCGACAUGCUCUCGGUAUAUACCUAAUGUAUACAGUAUAAAAUAUAAAUAUCUAUUGUACUUGAAUCUAAAUAAUGGUUAUUUGUUUCAACUUACACAUGUUAUGCAUAAAUAAUACGAUCUUGAAGAUAAAAUGAAUUUUAUGUAUAGGAGAAAAAAUGAAAUAAAAUCAAUAAAUAAAUAUAACUGGAGAAAAUGAGCAUGUGAAAUAGAGAAAAGUAAACAAGCAUUUUGUAAAAUAGAUACAUAUACACAGAUCUAUAUUAAAAUGUGUGAACAUACCAAGAUUUGUCAUGUUGUUUACUUUUCCAUGAUUUAUUAAUUCGCCAUAUACAUAAACAUAUAUCAUAUAUACUUUUUACAAUGAUGUAAGUAAUUUGCAGCUGAUAGACAUAUGUGUUUAUCUAAUUUUUUUUUUUUUUAAUAACGAAUCUAUUAUUAUUAAUUAUUAUGUUUAUUUCUUUUAUAAAAAUAAAUUCGGUAAAAAUUUUAACAACCAAGUGUUUGCGUCUUUCAUUAAAUAUCUACCAAAACAUUGCAGAACUAAUCAUAAGUUGAAGUUAUUUAAUCGAAUAUGGAAUCAAUAGCAUAUUCCGGUUUUACGGAUGGCAUUUCACGUUUAAAAUUCGUCGCAAGAAAUUAAUUUCUUUUCAAAAUGAUUUGUCAAUACUAAUGCUUAUUUCAGUUUACCAGAUCAAAGUAGUUGUAAAAUUGUAGAUGUACUUUUUGAUAAAUAUUGCAGUACCGUAUAGAUAUUCGCAAAUGCGUUCGGAUGACUAACCCGAUAAUUAAAAUAUAUUUAACAAAAUGUUUUGAUAAAACUAUUUCUAAAAAUGCAUAUAUAA